GUUGUUCCGGCGGAAGCGGCGGCCGCGGGCGCAGGGGGCGGGGCGGACGCCGGAAGCCGGAAGCGCGGCCGGCGCAGGCGUCCAGCAUGGAAGAAUUUAAAGAUGCAAGUCCACCUGAAGAGUUGCUCAGUCACUUAAAGCUUUCUGACCGGAAAUCUGCAGAGACUGGCACCAGAGAUGCCCAGAACCCCCAGACCACUGGGAGUGGAUGUGCCCCAUCCCCAGGCCAAGAUCCCACAACAGAUGAGUGUUUCCAUGACUGUCAGGACUCCUUUGAGGCAAAGGAAGCUGUGCUGGAUGAUGAAGGGAAUGUACAGAACGGUGGGAGUAGCUCGAGGAAGCAGACAGAACUAGAUGAAGAAUACUUACUAGAACUAGAGAAAGAUAUGCCAGAGGAAGAGAAACAGAGAAGAAGAAAGGAGAGCACAAUGCUGAAGGAGAAAGGAAAUGAGCAGUUCAAGAAAGGAGAUUAUGGAGAGGCAGAAGACUCUUACACAAAGGCUCUGCAGAUUUGUCCAGCCUGCUUCCAGAAGGACAGGGCUGUUCUGUUUUCAAACAGAGCUGCUGCAAAAAUGAAACAGGACAAGACAGAAGCUGCUCUGAGUGACUGCACCAAAGCUGUGGAAUUAGACCCUCACUAUAUUAGAGCUUUGCUGAGGAGAGCAGAACUAUAUGAAAAAACAGAAAAACUAGAUGAAGCUCUGGAAGAUUAUAAGGCAAUCCUGGAAAAAGACCCAUCAGUUCAUCAAGCCAGAGAAGCUUGCAUGCGAUUACCGAGACAAAUUGAAGAAAGGAAUGAAAAGUUAAAGAAAGAAAUGUUGGGCAAACUGAAGGAUCUUGGGAAUUUAGUUCUCCGCCCCUUUGGCCUGUCAACAGAAAACUUCCAGAUAAAACAGGAUUCAUCAACUGGCUCAUACUCCAUCAAUUUUGUUCAAAACCCAAACAACAACAGAUAACAUGGAUUCAGUCUGGCUCUGCCUGUGUUCUUGCACGUCCCAGCGACAGGAUCCCAAACACCCUUCACCCUCCCCAGGGGAUGAGACUCAGUAUAUUCAUUUUCCUGCUUGUGAAAUUAUUUGCAAUGUGGAUGUAAAGCAAGUCAUUUGACUUCUCGUAGUGAUAA